CGAAUGUUAGCCUUGUCACAAGGUGAAAAUAACCGGUUCUUAUAAGUGGCAACGAAGAUGUCGACGUUUGACAGAAAAGCUGAAUUAGAGAUAAAGAAAGCGAAACUAGCUAUUCUUAGGGAAAACAAAAUUAAAAGAGACAAGGUGAAGAUUGAUGGAACAAAUGGGGGAACUCAAGAUAACCUCAACAACUAUGGUUCGGCCCAAGUUCUUAGGAUUGAAACUGAAGAGUUAUUAAGAACUCUUGGGAUUGCUGUUUCUGAUGAACCGUUCUCUCAGGUUUCAGACGAUCGUAUUCUCUCUAAAGGGACUUCGGAUCCACCACAUACGAAAACGGAUAGCCAGAAAAAACGCAAAAGUUUGGGGUUUUCUCAAAUAAACGAAAUCAAUGUUCCUCCGAAAGAGAAUAUAUCUUAUUCUAAAAUCACUCAGACAUUUGAGUCUUACGUCCCACAACAUGUUACUAGUGGCGUUCGUACUGGUUCUCCAAAGUUCGUGACUCAUUUAGAAUGGGAUGACGAAUUUUCUACUGCUCUAACUUUUGAUGAAUCGGUAAAUGAUACUCUUGAUAUGACUGCUGUAAUCAAUGAAAUACACAAAAUGCCACUGGUUAGUUCAAUUGCUGCUACGAAGACUCCUGUAGAUACACAAAGAGAGAACGAACAUUUGAAGCCACUAAAAGGUAAGUAUUUUAAUCCAAGAUUUUUUGUGGCGAGGCUUUAAUAUAUGGACGAACAAUGAACGAAUCUUAAGUGACCUUGGCAAUUAUUAGCCAAUCAGAAGGCAGUUGGUAUAAAGUAAAAAUAUAUUAUAAGGAACUAAUGAAUUACAGUGGAUAUUCUUCUACGUGAUUUAAAAACUUGUUAAGGUUUGAUAAAGGUCCAGAUGUUCUGAAAUCAUAAUGCAUACGAUAUAGGAACUCGUCCAUAUGGCUCCAUAAUAGUCGUCCUCUGGAGCCGUGGUACGGUCUUAAAAAUUCCUUCAAUCUCGACCACAUGGCUUCAAUGUUGUUAGUAUGAACCCCGGUAGUAGGGUACAGUACAGUGUGCAGACUAUUGUGGUGAGAUUGUAUUUCGUUGUUCUUUAUGUUGGAGAAAAAAGUCUGCUCGAACGGGGACUUUCUUCUCUCGAUCGCGACUGAGACUGAGGCAAAUCAUGAUAAUAGUUGCAAAUUGGAUUAUAAAGGCACCAGUAAUACUGGCUGCGGCGUUUGCAGUUGUUACUGAAACUUCAUCCGUCCAGUGGUAUGAGUAUUGUCGCGAUAUAUGUGCGCUUAAAAUGACACGUCUACACGAAUCAUUCUGAGGAGUCGGAAGUAUUGUGGAAAUAGAUGAAACAGUAGUGCGAAAGCGAAAAUACAACAGGGGACGUAGUAUCAAGGAAGAUUGGGUAAGUAGCGCUCCCGUAAAUGUACUUGACAGGUACUUGGAACUUAUGAUCGCUCAACGCAAAAGGGGCAUUUCCAGAGGGUGAGAAACCGUCAAGCAAGCACAAUAAUACCAAUUUUAAAGGAAUAAGUACAGCCGGGCACUACGGUAUAUACAGAUGAUUGGAGAGCGUAUGGAUGCCUUCAUAGACUUGGGUAUGUCCGUCAUGUCGUAGUGCAUAAACGCCAUUUUGUCGACCCUACUACCGGCGUUCAUACUAACAACAUUGAAGCCAUGUGGUCGAGAUUGAAGGAAUUUUUAAGACCGUACCACGGCUCCAGAGGACGACUAUUAUGGAGCCAUAUGGACGAGUUCCUAUAUCGUAUGCAUUAUGAUUUCAGAACAUCUGGACCUUUAUCAAACCUUAACAAGUUUUUAAAUCACGUAGAAGAAUAUCCACUGUAAUUCAUUAGUUCCUUAUAAUAUAUUUUUACUUUAUACCAACUGCCUUCUGAUUGGCUAAUAAUUGCCAAGGUCACUUAAGAUUCGUUCAAGGUUCGUCAAUAAAUUAGAGUCUCGCCGAUUGGUUUUUAUGUCUAUUGACGAAAAGUAAGUACCUAUUUCUAUCACCUAAUUUCUAACAGUAAAAAGCUCAGUACGAAAUUUUCUAUUCAAAGUUAGUUAAAACAUAUCCAUUUGUGGCUUACUAAAAUUUCCAGGUACAACUCACGCUCAGUAUAGAAUACGUUAGUUGUUGCAAACUAUAAGAAAUAUAGAAAUACAGUAACUUGGUUAAUGAACUAGGAAAAAGCCAACGUGACAAGUUAUAACAAAAUGGGAUAGUGUAGAGUAAUUAUGUCUGUUACUUUCAAGAAGAUGGAGUAUAGAUUGUAUACUAAGUGACUAACUGAAUAAUAUUCUGAAACCAGUGUGUUGAUGAUUUAUAGAUAAAGGCAGUGCAAGGAGUUCUGAAUUUAUUUUAUUUUUAGCAAUAUAUGGAUCCAAAGUUCAACAAAAUAGGGUUUCUUUGACAAGGUACAUUUUAUUACUAAUCCAGAGUAGUUACAUUACCAGUAUUGGAUAUCGUGACUGUACUUGAUUAGGAGACCGCGUAAAAUAUUCAGAUUCAUGUUAUAUAACUCCUUUUCGUAUGGUGGUUUGGAUAUGAAUUGCUAAAUCUACUCGUUUAUUUGAUAAGGCGAGCCUUAAUAUAUUUCAUUGUUAGGAUAGGGUUCUUUCCCUUAAUUUUUGUGCUGAUGCGGUAUGGCAACUUGGACCGAUGCAUAUAUGUGCCUGGCCCUACGUUGUAACUUACUGACUAACCUGCUUCCCUUUAAUUCUUAGAAAACCUAAUUCAAAUUUUUUAAAACCAGUAAUGUGCUUUAUACACGAGUUUCACGGCUAAACUACAUGAUUGUUGCUGCAUUUUUAAUGUUACUUGUAAAAGAUGCAGUAAUUGUUAAAUCUAUAAAAAAUGGUUACACGUAAAUAUACAGGUAUCUAAGAGAGUCCGAGUUUUGUCGGAUUAAACAUAUGAGUGCUGACUAAAGUUUUAUAGUACUACCUUUUAAGUGUUCCUACUUUCAUGAAAUCAAUUGUUUUGUCAAGGUCAGCUUAACAACAUUCCAAUGUAUGAAUUUUUACUGCAUGAAGGAAUCCCUUUACAAAGUGGAGAGACAAGUUUAAGAACAUCUGUUUUGUGUUUAUCAUAACUCACUGACAAAUUUCUAAAUACUGGUUAAUUCAACUGCUUUAGUUACCAGACGUUGUUUUAUCAAUUAGAGCAUAAACUCUUUUGAAGAGUUGAAUAUUUUCUGAAAAUCAUUGCCAGAUAAGUACUUAUUCGUAGUAUAACUCCUAGGUUACUCAGAGACUAAUCAUACUACAAAAAUGAAAAUAAAACGAUAUUGUAAAGAGUCGAGUUUCUCAGUGCUGCAAACAAAUAGAAAUUAAAGGCCUUUUCAGGGUUACAACAAUAUGUUUUCAAAAGAAACUUUCAUGUUAAAGUUUUCAGACCAAUUAAAUUACUAAACGUAUCAGAUGUAAAUAUUUACUAUAUUUCAGAUCGAGAAUGCUUCCAAUCCAUAUACUUGAGUUUCAUUAACUUGUUGGCUUCAAUACAGGAAACUGAAUGAAAAUUUGACAAAAAUCAUAAAGCUUGUGACCGAACUUAGUCGAAUCAGAUUGUAAUACAACUCACAGAUGAGGAAAGAGAUGCAAUUAUGAGAUCAGAUAGAUUUCAUCGUUUCUUUGACAGGGCAUCACGACUGAUAGAACGAGCAUUAGAUGAACCUGCAGAUAUAUUUAUUGAUUAUAGUGGUGGAGAUCAUGAUGAUACCGGAAAUACCCAACGUCAUCAACUUGUAAGAUUUGGUCGUGACUUUUUUGAUGAUCGGUGGUCAAGAAGACGCCUAGUCACAGCAUUGGAUUGGUCACCAAUUUUUCCUGAGUUACUUCUUGGUGCUUAUCAUGCAAAUGAUGAAGCUCCACAUGAUCCUGAUGGAGUAUGUUUAGUGUGGAACUUGAAAUUUCAGAAAACAACUCCAGAGUAUAUUUUUCAUUGUCAGUCUGCUGUUACUUCAGCAACCUUUGCAACUUAUCAUCCAAAUUUGAUUAUUGGUGGGACAUAUUCUGGACAAAUUGUAUUGUGGGAUAAUAGGUAUCUGUACGGUAUUUUGUUUGUUUCUUGUUACGUCCUAAUGGAUUUUUUGUUUGCUAGCAUUGUCAAGUCAUGCUUUAUAUUUCCUGGCUCUUUUAUAGUAGUCAGCUACUCAUUAACCGUUUAUGUAUGGUUGCAAAUAUUUUGCGCAAGCUGACGGAUGUUAUUAAAUCACCACACGCUGUAUAGGUCCUUUUUGAACACAAACACAAGAAUAGCUUCAUUCUUGGAUUAUGGAGCAAUCAUUUUUUCCAUACACUUGUAGAUAGUCUAGUCACUUUGAAAGAGCUAACGGUUUCAUAUAUAUCCUCAUUUUGUGUAGGUACUUGCAAUGCGACUUAUUUAAACCCAAUCAUGUACAGAUAAAAUUUGUCAGAUAGCACACUGAUAAUGUCUGUUCUAAGUUGCAAUGCUGACAAGUGUUGAAGACGGUUGGAAGAAAGUUAGGGGCAGCCAAACCAAAACGUGGUAGCAAUCCUCGAAGUCACUAACUUCUAGUCUUAGCCAUGUUGGUAGAUACAGACUACUUGGUUGGGGUCCGCAUGACUAUCGUAACCAAUGGUUGGAGGCUUGAUAAAGAAACCCCUGCUUUUCAAACGAAUGAUUCUACCCAUUGGUUAGAUAAUUGACUUAUUCAAGUCCCAAACUAGCACGACACCAUGUGUCGUCGGUGUUUGGUUAAGGCGAUUCAGUUGGUAGUAGGAUUAAACAUACUCCACUAGAUUAGGUCAACUAAAAUGCAUAGUUUCCUAUUUCCAUUAUUUUUUUUUUUUUGAUUGAACCCUGAAAUAUAAUGUAUAAGUCCGUGUUAAGCUACUAGUUUUUGACGGAUGAUGUGAGUUUGAAUCCAGUUACAUGUGGUGUACAAUGUUUCACUUUGACCGCUGUAGCUAAUAGUAUCCAAUCCAUGUUUUUCCAGUCACUUCUAUCCGUAUUCAGUUUCACGAUUAUAUGCUAUUAAUAUUUAACCUCAUGUGUUCUUGUAUGAUAUACAUUUAUUUGAUAAAUGUUAUCGUUCUACAACACUACUGUCUCGGAUAUUUUUUAACUUUACGCAUAAAACAAAAAAGAACCGACCUUUUCAUACGUUUACUCCAUAUAUCUGGUUAUCUAUUUUUAUGAUAAUUUGACUCAUAUACAAAUAAUUCAUUUCAAUUUUACAUCUAUUUGGACUUGGUUGGAAGUAAAUUUUCAUAUUUAGUAUUGAGUAGACAUUAAGAGCAAUAGAGUAUUUCGUCGUGUAAAUGAACCUAUUCUGUAGUUCAAGUUGUUAUUACCACUGUAUAAAUACUUUAUAGCUUGUGUAGACUUUAAUCUCCUCACUAUAAAUUUACUCACAGUUGGUGUACAGCUAUGUUAUCCUAUGAAUAUUAUAAAUCAGUUUAUGUUUUGCCUUUUAAAUCCAGAUUAUUUGAGGUCUUAUAAAGUGGAGAGAAUCUCAUCAUUACUUUAUUAUCAUUAUCAGUUUUUGUUAUCAAGUGUGAUAUUUUACUCGGAUUUCAUUUCUCUUAAUUUAUAUUUUAGAUCAACCAAGCGAACACCGGUACAACGGACACCAUUAUCAGCAAGUGCACAUACACAUCCAGUUCAUGCAGUUAUGAUUGCAGGAUCAUUGAAUGCACACAAUUUGUUAAGUAUAAGUUCUGAUGGAAAAUUAUGUACAUGGAGUUUAGAUAUGCUGGGUCAACCUCAACAAGCCAUGGAAUUAACACAUAGGCAAGCUCGUACUGUAGCUGCAACAUGCAUGUCAUUCGUAGAUGAGAAUGUUAACAAUUUUUUGGUUGGGUCAGAAGAUGGACGAGCUUAUGCUGGUUCGCGGCAUGGAAAUCAAGCAGGUAUCAGCGAUGCUUUUGAAGGUCAUCAGGCUCCUAUCACAUCAAUUUCAUCUCAUCCACUCAGAGAUUCUGUGACAAUUUCACCACUGUUUCUUACUACUUCUCUUGAUUGGUCCAUAAAACUGUGGUCUGUCAAGGAAACCCGUCUUAUAUGUUCAUUUGAAGAAGCUUCAGAUUAUGUUUUUGAUGCUCAUUGGUCGCCUAUGCAUCCAGCUGUAUUUGCAACUGUCGAUUGUACAGGAGGCCUUGAUUUAUGGAAUUUAAACCAAAACAGCGAAGUAAGUUUUUGAUGUUGUUUUCUAGAUAUUUUCAUUUCUUGAAGUAUUCUUAAAAGUAUUAUUACUUACCUUGAACAAACUAAUUCUGUCCCAAUAACAUCUUUUCAAGAACUAAAUAAAUAGUUAAUUAAGGUAAUCAAUACGUAUUUUUGUUCCGAUUUAUUAAGCCAUUCGUUCUUUUCAGCCAUAAAGUAGUAUUAAUGAAUGAAUUUAAAAAUUGCUUUUACCCACUCAUACAUAUUUGGGAUUUCCUGGAAAAAAUAUAUACCCAAUGAAUCGGAUUUUGAAUAAAUUCAUUCCAUUUUUGUAAAUGAAGUAUUAAUUUCCGAUUGUUCCUCUGUUUGUGCAACAGUUUAAUGAACAAGAAUGAUUCAAUUGUGUGUGACUGAAAACAUUUUCUCAAUUCAUGAUUACGUUAAUGUAAAUUUUCUAAAUGGAGAUUCCAUUGUCUUAAUUAAGGUUCACAUCCGAAUAUCCAUUUUGGCUUACCAGGCCGGAAAUCACGUGCAUAGACUAAGUCAGCUGCUUUGAAUUCUCGAAUCUUGGGGCAAUUCUCGUUCCUAUUUUUUUGUAGUCCACUCAUUCUGUCUUCGGGUACAAAACAUCAAAAAAUGUCCUAAUUGGUCAGCCAAAUAUUAUUUUGGCUGGUGAUUUAAUCAUAUUGCAGACAGUGCUCAACGACGUUCCCAUAAACCAAAUUUAUUUAUCCAAUCAAUAAGUUGGUAUGACAGAUCCCAGAUACAUAACAUUUUCCGGUCAUAGUCUUGUCACCUAAUGUGAGAGGUAGCUGCAAUUUUCCAAGACGAGUAAUGUUAGUUCCUGUCGCACUCUUAGCAUUAUAAUGUGUAGGUUGAUAUUGAGGUCGACCAAGUGUUAUCCAAGGCUCUCUAGAAAUUAAUGUUAUGUCAAACUCUGUAUCAAUUUUCAGCUUGACCGGUUAACCAUUAAACAAGAUAGUUGCGUUCUUCCUGUUAGAUGGAAAUUGAGCACCUUUUGUGGCCAAAACAACAUUCAAAUUAUGUUGUAUCUCUAGAUGGUAGUUGGAGGUAGUUGACAGGAAACCCUGGACCCGGGUUUCGUGCUACUUGGCGCUCGUCGGUAAGGUGUAUCUGUAAUCUUGAGGGAACUGAUGCUCCCUGACGAAUUCGAUCCCGUGUCACCCAGCUUCACAGUCAGAGAUGUUACCAGCUGACAAAUACAUCCGAUUGAGGACCAGUGUCAUAAAAGCCUACCUACUCUCCCACUUUCUCUUUGUUCUAUUGUUUGACUGAAUUGUGAUUACCUCGACAUCUGACAGGAAGCACAGAAUAGAAUGGACAGGUUGGAUGCAACUAGACGAUUUGUACUUCUCAAACGACCUGGCCCUUCUAUCCCAUACACAUCAAGAAACGCUGGUGAAGACGACCAGAGUAACAGCAGCCCCUGCAUAAGUAGGCCUCAAUAAACACAAUGGAAAAAGCAAGAUCGUCAAAUACAACACGGAGAACAUCAACCCAAUCACACUUGAUGGGGAAACUCUGGAACAGGUGGAAACGUUCACGUACCUGGGCAGAAUCAUCGAUGAACAUGGAGGAUCUGAUGCAGCCGUACAGACGAGGAUUGGCAAAUUAAGGACAGCAUUCCUAUAAUUGAAGAACAUACGGAACUCAAAAUAACUGUCAACCAAUACCAAAGUGAGAAUCUCCAAUAUAUUUCUAAUGUACGGAGCCGAAACUUGAAGAACUACUACAACUAUCAUCAUAAAAGUACAAGUAUUUACAAACAAUUGUCUACACAAGAUACUCAGUGUCCGUCGUUGGCCGGAUACUAUCAGCAGCAGCCUAUUGUGGUAGAGGGGAAAGCAGUUUCCAGCUGGAUAAAAUAUUAGGAAGACGUUGGAGGUUGAUAGAACAUACAUUGCAGAAAUUAUCAAACUGCGUCACAAGGUAAGCGCUAACUUGGAAUCCCGAAGGAAGACAAAAAAGUGGAAGGCCAGAGAACACAUUGCGUUGAGAGUUGGAAGCAGACAUGGAAAGGACCAAUAGCAACUGGAAAGGACUGCCCAGAACAGAGUUGACUGGAAAAUGCUGGUGGGCGGCCUAUUCUCCUUUAUGAGGGGUAAAAUGCCUAAGUAUGUAUGUAAUUUAGUAAUUACUGAUACAGUAGUGAAGGAGAGCACAAGUGAGGACAACCGAAUUAUUUUCAGUACAAAAUUACAGAGUUACUUGGUCAAAUAGAAAAACCAUACUAUAAUACCUAAUUAGCAAAAUGUUCAGUAAUUGUCUCGGACUUCAUUGUUUUUGCAUUUCCAUACUAAUUGCUUUCUAUUCCCGUUCUUCCUUUCUUGAUCUUCUCAAUCUUCUGCUGCCAGACAUUACAUUCCUGACUCGCGUUAUAUACUGCUUAUGUCAAUAUAAGUAGCACGCACCACAAGACUAGACUAUAUGAUUAUACAGUCAUUGUUAUUAUUACUUGAUGACUGAUUAAUUUUUUAUCUUAUUGUGAAUAUUUCGGUUUUGAAUAUGAUUAUUUGGAUCAAUAAACUACCUUUUCACUUCCGUUUGUAAAUAGAUUAAUUUUUAUUUCUUAUUAAAUAUGGUAAUUUAAGAUUCAAUUUCAUAAUAAUAAACAUAUUACCUUGCUUAAUUUUUCUUAAAUAUCCAUUGCUUACAAUCUAUAUCGUAUCAUCACUACCAAAAAUACAGAUGAUAAUUAGACAUACUUUCAUUCAUAGUGAAAGGUAGUAAUUAAUUAGUCAGUCCAGUAAUCGAUUACGAUUGUCAGUAAAAAGUAGUGUAAUAUUGUAAAAAUUGUAAGGAUGUGGAGUUAAAUGAAAGAGUGGUGCCAAAAUAUUACAAUGGCAUAUAUAUACAUCUAUACUAAAUAUUUUGAAAAAAAGCAAUAGUAAUGUUGGCUUAUUCCUGUGGGUGUUAGAAUAAUGGAUUAUUGAAUUUUGAUAGUAGUUGAGUAGUUAAGCGAUGAAAUUCAUCAAACCAAGUUUAUCAAAAUCAGUGUAUUGAAAAGAAACAGUGUAAUUUAAACAAUAAUGUAAUCAAAUAAAAGGCAGAGUAUUUUAAAGGCAGGUUACAACAACAAAACUAAUUAUGUAGUAAUAAUUCAUUUCAUAAGUUUAGUGUCUUCAGUAUACUGUAGGAAACUUGUGUUAUUUUGUUUGUCAAUUAGGACUAUUACAUUUUUUGUGUUGAUCAAACAUUAAACAGUUAGACUAUUAAGAGUGAUUGAUCAGCUAACACGUCACAAAAUCAAAGAAACGUGUUUAGGUUAUUCAAGAAUGGUAUUUUUUCUUUCUUUUUCCUCUUGACAUAGUUACUUUGACAGGUGCACAUGGUUGGGAAGAGAGAUAUGUGUAGAUUUUUUAAACUUUUAGUUAAAACACAGUGCAUUAAUGCAUUCUCUAUGGAUGGUAAAGACAGACUUUAUUUAGCAAUUUUGAAAUGCAUUAUUGGGGAUUUUUUAACAUAUCUGAUACGAAAAAUCAGAACACUGAGGGGGAAUCCUGCAUUCAUCUAUUUACUACUUGUAAUUCUGGUCACCAAUUUAUAGUUAUAUUCUUUUUUAAAAACAGUGGAAUUUGAAUAAAGUAGAUGUUACCAUCAAACGAAGGUAACACUGUAGGUAAUAAAAUAAAUUAAAAAUAAGUUUUAUGCAAAUAGAUUGGUCACUGAGUUGUAACCGAUGUCAUGGUGUUUUAGUCCUUAAUGCUGAUCGAGGUCUAUCAAUCAUGUUGCAAUGUACCCACACUAGUCUAAAUGACUAUAUCACACACACUGUAUUAAGAUGUUAGGCAAUUACGGGCAGUCGGUAAAACAUCAAGGUCCAGGGUCUCCUUCUGUGUCUACCUUCAACUACCUAACAUAGACUACAUCUGGUUACUUUAAUGUAAUUAAUAAAUCCGUCUAUACUUUUGCCUGUGUAUUUUCAUAUGAAUUAAAAUGAGUAUAUAUUUCCUGAUAAAGUUCUAUGCUGAAUCAGGCUUUUUAUCCACUAUAAAUAGUUUGGUUGGAAAUUUCGUCAGAAUAAAACCAUUAAUUUCACAGCAGGAAUAAAACUUUUUAACUUGCGUUAAUGAAAGUUUUUUUAAAGAAUCCUUUCAUGAUUGUUAUCUCAUUCAAUUCGUCAAUAAUAUACCAUUGAUAUUAUUGCGACAUACUUGAUAGUUUUAUCUACGACAAUAAUGAUAUACAAUACUGAUCUCUUUAAAUAUUAUUAUCGAGUAUUAUGUGUAUUUAUUGUUGUAUUAUUUUCAUUUUUGCACAUACAAAUUAUCACUAUAGUACAACAUAUCUAGUUAGAUAGUAUAUCGAUCAGAAUUGUUACAAUUUAUUCAAUCACGGUAAAGGACAAAUUAGAUAUGAGAUAGAAUUUGACUCAAUGUAAAUAAUUGUACCAAUAGUAGUAUAGUAAUCAAAGAAAAAAUCGAGUGAAUAUAUAUACCUGACAAUGACUACAGAACAACCUGGAUUUUCAAGAAUGUGAAAUAACAUUGAGCGUGAAAAUAUUUCCACUGAUGUAAUAAAUUUUUAUUUAUGUCGCCUAAUGUUUAUUGUUUUUACUGGCUUCAACCUUAAGGUUCGCAUCAUUUUACAUACUUUCGAAUAUCAUAAAUACGUCUUGAUUUAAUCCUAAUUUUAAAUGUCAUUGAGGUACACAGUUAAAAACUAUAAAUAUAUUCAAAAAUUGUACACUUCCUUUUGAGUAAGAUAUUAUUGGUUGCAAGGUUAUCUGUCUACCUAUCCAUUAUCCAUAGAUAAUUAGGAAAUCAGUUUGCCUAUACUUCAUAUUUUUGGUGAUGUUAAUUUUUCUCAGCUGGAUGGUUUAAUCGCAAGGCUUUCGUUAUCGUUCUAGACACCAUCACCAACACAUCUAUUUGAACACAACAUCACCAAAACGCCAGCUUAUGCUGUAAAUCUCUUUCAUCAUUUCGAUAUACUUCAUAUUUACACAAUGUAGUCACAUCUCGCAAAAGUUGAGGCACUUAUUCUAUUUUGGAGGGGAUUUGAACGUUUCAGCAGUUAUUCGAAUGUCAUCCUUACAAAUGUGCUUACUGAUAAUACUGUAAAUGGCAUGAAAUAUGCAAUCGACAUGCAAUAAAAUUAAAGUUUGGCGGAAAUGCUUAUUAAUAAUCAGUUAUAGUAUUAAUAUAAAGAAUGAAUUAAAAUUCAGUGAGUUGAUUUCAUUGGUACAAAAUAAAUAUAGGAAUUCAAGUUUAUUUGGGAUUAUUAAAACGGUUGACGAUUAAUUAAUGAUCCCUUCUUUUAAUUGUUAUGGUAUAUGUGAAUCUGAAUAAGAUAAAAUCGUUAUAUAUAUGGAUCACUGUGAAUUCAAUUUUUGAGGCCUAUGAUACGAUAUGAAAUAUUUUACAUAUAAUGAGAUAGUACACACCAUUUUAAAAUUUGACAAUCCGAGCUAGUGCGGAUCAACAUUUCUUCAUAACAAAGAACAUUAUUUCCAUUGGUUCGUGGAAUGCCUUUUAAAGGAUUUAACAAAAUACUCGGCCUUUGGAAUUUAUGAAAUAUUGGGUUGCAUUUAUAGAAAAAUGAUGUCUCAAUAAAAGUCGCUAUCUAUAGUACGAUGGCUAAAUGGUUACUUUUCAAACAAGCUAUCAGUAUUAAUUGUGAGUCAAGUAGACUACAUAAAGAUUUUGCACAAUCGUUUCUCCAGUUGUACUUCACUCAUGUUCGGUACACUGAAAGGCGUAGUAUUCUUAUACUACUUACGUUUAAGAGAACACUGUCAAGUCAACUUGUCUUUUAUAUGUCGGUAAAUACAUUCUCUAGAAAUUUAUAUUCGAUGAAGCAAUAGCAAACUUGUUUUGUGUGUUUAUGUUACAAACAGUGGAUAUUUUGAGUAUCUGAAUUUACAUGGCUUAAUUUUUUUAUCAGAUAGUGAUGCUUGAUAUUGCUUAUGGAGGACAUGAUAGUAGUAAUUCUCCUAUCAGAAGUAAAUAGGGUUUCGAUUUGACGUUAGCUGUUGAUAUCACACGCAAUACUGUUAUCUCAAAGUACUUUGUUCAUGUGUUUUGUCAAUAAAUGACUCAACUUAUUGGAAUUGAUGUUUGGCACCUCUUUAUCCUCAAUGAUUGAGCAACCGAUAAUUAACUCGAUUACGAGACCAUAUCGAAAUUCAAUAAAAUAUUCAAUUCAACAGUUUAAUCUCUCUAUAUAUAUAUAUGGUAAGCUUAACACACAUCAUACUCGUGCAUGAUAAGAUUAUGAGCUAUACUCGUUGAGCGGUUAUAAAUUAGAGGGUUGCGAACUCACGACUCAGUGGUUAGAAUGGAGUCUACAAACAAACAUAUAUAAUCACUAAUUUGUUCUUAGAUAAUAAGAUUUAUUGGUUUUUCUACAGGUCCCAUCAGUUCGUACAGUGAUUCCCGGUCAACCAUCGUUAAACAAAUGUCGUUUCCACUCAUCUGGUUCACAUAUAGCCAUUGGUGAUGAUAAUGGACGUAUUCACAUGUUCGACUUGAAUGAAACAAUGGCAAUCCCUCAUGCAGACGAGUGGACGAUGUUUUCACAUACAAUUAGCGAACUUCGACAGCUUGCAGUCGAACAGAAAGAGAACGAUACCGAUGCUUUGUUUGGACAACCCACUGUGCCGCCUAUACCUGUUAUUCACUGAACGGGAGCAAUUUACUCUACUAAACGACAAUUCCUAACCUUCUGCAUAAUUCCCUGUAUCGCAUAAUAAAUGUCUACUGAUCUUACGGUGUACUACUCGUUUUAACUUCAAAAUCAGCCUCUAAUUUUCGACAGCUUUUACUGUGAUUUCAAGGUUUUAAGUAUUCCGAACCAAAAUAGCUAUAUAUUGUGAUGAUAUUUUUGUCAGUUUGGUACUAUCACAUGUUCCUUACUGGGAUUUCGAACAGAUAUCAUGAUGGUUACGAACGUUCGUUAGCCAGUAGGCAGUUGAAAUUAAUUCUGAAAACAAACAAACCGUUGUUGCUACCUUGACGUGGUGGUCGGGCUUGCCUAUCGUGAUGACGCAACCGAGCUAUACUGGCUGGAACAACCGUUCCUCAAGGUCCUACCAUGUCAGACAGGUCGGUUGAAGAGCGGUAAGACUAAAAGCAACAAACCCAAGUCGUACUGCUGACUGUACAGAGGUGUGACAGCAGUAAGGUGUUUCCUUCAGACAACCAGCAUGACAGCGAUGAUGCCUUCCCACGAGGAGGGGUG